AUGACAAAUAAUAUUGCAGGUUAUACGAAAGUGAAGAGCUCCAAAGUGACUAAAGACUUGACUCAGAACGUGGAGGAACUCGACAGCUUGUUGGAUGAUCUGCAGAAGGACCAAGAGAGACAGCUGUAUAAGAGUGGAUACACAUCAGAUACAGCUGAGAGCACAUCAUUCGAUUAUAGGAAAGGGACCCCAGCGAAGGCCCCAUCCAGCGGGUAUUCCACCCUCCAACGUGAGGCUCGUUCUGAGUCCUCGUGGGCCUCCGCCCCCGUCCGCGCUGAAGUGAGGCAGGAGGUGUACCGCGAGGAGAAACAUGAGUCCCGAGUGGUACCGUCCCAAGUUUCUCCGGCCGUGCCCCAGGUGGUGCCACCAGCGGUGUGCUCCCACUGUCACCACCCACCGGCCACUGGCACUUUAUCUCGUAGUGGUACCCCAAUGAACAAGGUGACGACCACAGUGAAGACCUACACGUACGAGGUGCCCGCGGGACAAGACCCCUCCACCCUGCCCAUACCUACCGACUGUAGCGAGCACCACCACAUAGAUUCCACGGUGACGUCAUCCAGCACCACUUCCCCGGUGAAGCUGGUGUCUCCCGGCUGUCAGUACUGCUCACACUGUAACACACGACGGGAAUACCGCGUGCAGACUGAUGAACACUCCAGUGAGCGUGUAGUGUACCCGCAGCCGAGCCAACCGACCAAUGUAACGCUUGAACCACAGAAUGGACACGGCCCUUAUGGUCCAUCAUACAAGUACAGCGAGACGUCCUACUCGUCCUCCAACACGACCCAGCGGUUCCCCCGCUCCUCGUCCCCCUCCCCCGGCCGCUCACCCCACUCCCCGCACCCCCCCUCCACGCACCUCUCUCCGUCCCCCUCUCCCUUCCCGCGGCCUCACACCCCCUCCCAGCAGCAACAGCAGCCCCCCAAGAGAUUGGAUGACCUGUUGGCUGAAUUCCCGGAGACGAGAUUCCCCACCCAGCCGGACGGCGUGGUUCGUCGUAAGGUUGAAGUGACUCACGAGAGCUCCACCAGCCAGUCCAAGGACAAAGACACCCUCAAACACACCCCGCCUGUAGCUAGCUCCAAGAACGUACAGGGACCGGCUGUUUACUACCCCCCCGGACACACACCCUUCGCCAAGAAAGACAACCCCGUGGGAGGAUACCAGUCUAGUGCUAUGAUGCAAGGCGGCGGCGCGUACGCCUCGGGUCGCGGCAUGUACGAAUACGAAUCAGGGUCGCGCAGUAAAGAAAAACACUCAGAAAAGAAAACAGCCGUCCCUAUCUGUCUACCGUUGUGCUGCGCUAUGCCUUGUGUUAUUAUGUGA